GAAUUCUUAUCUCAAACAAAAUGGCUGCCGCUGCUGCAUUUGGGGGACGCCGCCAGCGAAUAUUUAGGGACAGAAAGGACUUUUUUGCAAUUUAUACCGACGAAGAACUUCUAAAACGUUUUCGUUUAGAUCGAGGUGGUAUUUUGUUUGUUACGGACUUGGUCAGGGACGCCGUAUCACCAUCUACCUGCCGAAACAAGGCCAUCUCGGCAGAAUUAAAAAUUGUCUGUACGUUACGGUAUCUGGCAACAGGUAAAAUGCAAUUAUGUAAUGGCGAUGACUUUGGACUUUCCCAGCCAAGCAUCAGUAAGGUUAUUACGGAAACGUUAAACGCCUUAACGACGCCAGUUAUAAUUCGACGUUUUAUAACCUUUCCUCUCAACCAUCAUGAGGUGCGAAUGAAUGAAGCCGCAUUUUUGCAAAUUGCUGGAUUUCCUGGCGUUGUCGGGGUUAUCGACGGUACUCACGUCCGUAUCCAGGCUCCACACAAAGACGAGCCUGAGUUUGUCAAUAGGAAGCACUUCCACAGCCUGAAUGUACAAGUAAUUUUUGAUGCCGAGUACAAGCUGAUGGACGUGGUAGCCAAGUGGCCCGGGUCAACUCACGACGCACGGAUUCUGCAUGAGAGUGGCAUAAAGCAAAUGUUUGACCGGCGUCUCGUUCCCGGAGGAUGUCAUCUGCUAGGCGACAGCGGGUACCCAUGUAAAACAUGGCUCCUGACACCCUUCCUGAGACCUCAACCUGGCGACCAGUCACGCUAUAACAGGGCACACAAAAGAACCAGAAGUGUGGUGGAACGAGGAAUUGGCCAGAUGAAGAGGCGAUUCCAUGUUCUCCAUGGAGAAAUCCGCUUAACACCUGCCAAGACUUGCAAAGUAAUUCUCGCAUGCUCGGUUCUACAUAACAUUUGUAAAGCCCGUAACAUCCAGAUGCCACCAGAUGAAGCUGGUGAUUACCCUGACGAUGAUGAAGAGGAGGGAGACGAAGAAACGGAAGCCGCAGGAGCACCCAAUCCACAAGGACAUGGCCUGCGACAUCGUCUUCAGUUCACCAACAUUCACUUCCAUGGUACUUAA